GUGAGAUAUGACAUGUACUGGAGUACUCUCAUACUCAUACAGUGAAGUAUGUACCUAGAUAAUGGCUCAGUGUCUUAUGUGUUUCAGGAUGACAUGGGUUCAAGGUUCAAAGGUGACACGGUAUGUUGACCCUAACCCUGACCUUAACCUAAACCACCUCAAGAUGGGAGGUAUUGAAGUGCUGUGUGUCUAUGGUGAUGAUGGUCAUGAAAACAUGGCGUACAGUAAGGCAGGGGUUCUCAAAGUGGGGUAAUGAAGGGGGUCCGGCGACAGAAUUGUCUCUCUGCCCCAAGUCUAAAUUUGUAGAAUAGCAGGAAAUGUGCUUUAAAAGGUGAAAAUUGUCUCUCUGAUGCCAAGAGGGGGGCCUUUUAAAUGUUCAUUCCCGGGGCCGAGACUUGAUAAGUCCGGCCAUGCACUGCAGAAGUCAUAGUAAAACCUCUUGUAUGCCAUUUUUAUCACACUGUAGUAGGAGUUGUGUUCUGAUAUUAUGACAGGGUCCUUCAUGAGGUUGCUAUCAUAAAUGGGGUCCCGAUGCAACAAAAAAAAAAUGUGGGAACUCCUGCACUAAGGGAUUACCUCUUAUCCCCUGAUCCUCUAACUUCUUACCUCCAGGGAAACACAGGAGCCCCAGGGUUGCCAGGAUUGAUGGGUUUUCCUGACCGCGGCAGCUUUCCAAUCUUUGGGGUUUUCAGACGAUAUGAAAGAGAGGUUGAACAGGCUAGUAAUAGGGGUUGCAACAAUUGCGGCAGAUAAUUUUAGAAAGAGAGGGUCCAGGUCCUCUAAUCAGGGACUGAUUCAGUUGUCUUCUCCACAGGGUGACCAGGGCUUCCCAGGGCAGCACGGACCACAGGGAGAGAGAGGAGUUGUGGAGCCAGGGACAAAGGGUGAACCAGGACCUGACGGAUCCUCUGGUAUACUUGGGGAAGAUGGAGCGGUCGAACCUAAGGGUGAGAUUGGUUUGCAAGGACUGCGAGGGACAGAGGGUGCGUGGGAAAGGAAUUCCUGGAGAAAGAACUACCGUGACACCUUGCAGACCCAGGUGCUGGAGUCUGCAAGGGACCGUGUGAAGAAGGUGGAGUUUGGAGCAGAGUUGUCGGAGGGGGAUCUCAAACUGUUCCAGGACGAGCAGGUGGGACAGCUGUAUGAGCUGAUGCUGGAGUCCACCAAGCCCAACAGACAGUUCGACAUCCAGGAGGAAGGAUUCAAGAAGUGAAGGAGUAGACCAGGAUGCUCCCAUACUGAACAGAUAGGGAGGUGGUUCAUCUCAAUAGUUUAAAGUGUCUCUUUCCUUGUCUCCUCUCCUUUAUAUACGAUUUUCUUUUUUUUCAUUGAACCUGUAUUUUUACAGGACAGGUUAGUCUCAUUUAGUCACUUAUUCAAGAGAGAGACGUUUCAUUUCCCACAGUGGACACCCCACAGAUAUGUCCAAUUCAUCAGUGCAGAGGAAGAAAGGUGACGAGGGAGGAAGACACUUUAGACCAGGGGUCGGCAACAGGCAAGCCACGGGGCAAAACCAUCCCGCAAGUGAUUUUGUUUGGCCCGACAAAGUUUUUAGUGAAAAAGGACUAGCAUCUUAAGGAAUUCAGCCAAAAAAUGUAAUUCAGGAACAUUUGUUCCCAAGUAUUUCCAGAAAUGUAGAGAGAGACAUAUGUGAUGGUGUUUCAAUGUAAUCAAGAUAUGAAAUUAUUGUUAUUUUCAAAUAUCUGUUUUUGGGCUUGCUUUUGGUCAAUUUGCAGUUUGCAAAUGACAGAAAUUGGCCUGCGGUUGAAAUUGGCCUCUAGUUGCCCCCCUGCUUUAGACUAUUGCGCUGGAGCCAGGGAGAAGAGUAAGGGAUGUGUGACUUAGACUUGCCGCAAAAUCUGAGGUAUUCUGACUGGUACACCCCCGAAGAAACGAACUGCACUCAAGCCCCGAAUGAAAUUUAAGCUUUUAGGAAAUGUUAUAAUUAUAUUAAAGUACUGUCUGUGAAAUAAAAACACCACUGAAUGCUCA